AAAGGGCCGCCCGGCGCGGCGGGGCGGGAGCGGCGCGGCGGCGGCGGCCGUAUAACGGCGGCAGGUGGCUGUGUCCGCAUCCUCGGCAUUCCCGGCAUUCCCGGCAUCGCCUCCUCGGCGGCGGGGCUUGGGAGAGCGUUAUAGCUUAGUGUUAUGGGUGAUACUGAAGAAGCUAAAAUGCAGAUCACUCCAGAAACUCCAGGACGAGUCGCAAUCCUGAAUCCUUUUGAAAGUCCCAAUGAUUAUUACACUCUUCAGGAGCAGAUUGUUUCCAGUCCUUCAGUCUUUAAGUCAACAAAAUCCUCAUCUACACCAGGAAAAUUCAGAUGGUCUAUUGAUCAGCUUGCUCUAAUAAAUCCUGUGGAAAUAGACUCAGAAGACAUUCGACGCCAAGGAAUGUAUUUGAGCCAAGCUAGAAUUGAUAAGGAGACAGAAGACCGAAGGCAAAAAGCUAUUGAGGAGUUUUUCACAAAAAAACUCAUAGUUCCUUCUCCUUGGAUUGAACAUGAAGGCAAGCAAGUUUCUCAGUUUAAUUCAACUAAAUACGUAGAUAUAAAUAACAUUUCCCCAACUGGAAGACAGCUGAGCUUGCAGCCUGGGAAAAGCAAUGCUGCUUGUCAGACAGUACUGUCUUUGCCGGUGGAUUUUAAUUUAGAGAAAAUACUAGGUGAAUAUUUUAGAACCGAUGAAUUCGCAGAUCAGUCUCAGGAAAAUCUGAGCUCUUCGUCACUCAGAAGAAAGCUGUUUUUAGAAGAGAAUGGGAAUGUAUCUGCAUGUUUGUCCUCUUCUUUGCAUAGUCCAUGUGGUAGUCAGCCACUUGGAGUGCUUUGUUCCAUAGAAUUAUCUCCAGUCCGGUGCAGAAGCCCCCUGGACACAUCUAGCUCAGGUCAGUUUUCAUCAAGUCCUAUUCAGGGAGGAACAAGAGCUUAUAGUCUAGGAAGUAUAACCAGUCCCCCAUUUCCAGAGGGCUCUCCUGCACCUAAUAGUUCUCCGGCUUUUUCACCAAUUGCUUUUCACAUAAGAAAAACACCACUCUCAGACCAAAGAAAAUUUACAUUUCGUUCUCCAGAUAUUCCUUCUUCCUCGAAUAGAAUGACACCCCCUAGUACAAGAAGUCCUUACAUAGAUGGUUGUUCUCCAAUUAAAAAUUGCUCUCCUAUGAGACUUGGAGCCUGUAGAGGAACUGCCCAGUAUCAGACUUCUGUCAUUAGAAUACCUAUUGCAGUUGAGAAUCAUGAGGAUGAGGAAGAGAAGGAAAACACUUCUCCAGCAGAAGCUCGCUUCCCAGAAAUGGAUAAUGGAAUAAAGGUACAUCAGGAAGACAGUGAUACUUUUGCACGUGGUACACAUCUCGUGGUGGCAACUGUGUCUAUUUCACCAGAUCGCUCAGAAGGUUGUCAUCAAAGGUUGUCAUCAUUUCAGGAUAUAGAAGGCUUAAAGGAAAAUAAUACUGUAGACAUGGCUGAUGCAGCUGAAGUGUCAGAGGAAAACACUUGGAUGAAAGAAACAAUUGGCAGUAGCAAUACACCAAUGACCAGCUUUAUGACAGGCAUUACUUUCAGUGUUGAAAGCUCUCGCAUGUGCAUGUCGCCUCUUGCAGAAAGCAGCGCAAUUCCUUGUGACAACAGUAGUAUUCAGGUGGACAGUGGUUACAAUACACAGACUUGUGGAAACAGCAUUAUGGAUACUGCAGGGGCUGAAAACAGCUGCAGAGAAAAUGAUGUGAACACUAUUGUGUUUCAGAAUAAAUCUCAGCUGCCUAGAACAAAGGAGUGUUCUGUUUUAAGCCAUAAGGACAAUCAGUUGCUGAGAACAAAAUCUCCAGAAAAGCACUCCUGUUUUCAAAAAGCCAAAACACAUAGCACAGUAUUUGGUCAAAAUGCAACUUGCAACAUUUCUGCUUGGAAACAUAAAAAUGAAAAUCAAGUUUGGGGAUUUCACAAAAGUGGUAUGUAGUUUUCUGAUGGAGAACUUAAUCUGUGGUUUCUAAUAAAUUUUUAUACAUAUGACCUCAAUUACCUGGAUUAUAUAUACUAUUUUGCUUUUCUAAUGCAAGUGUAAUAAACUGAUAUAUAUUAAGGGAGUUUUUAAAUAAUGUGAGAUUUUUCAGGUUUUAUUAAUAAAUUUAUUAGUGUCAUUAAGUGAUCCUUUUUGAAAAUUUAAGUGUCUAGAUUUGAUACAGAGAAACAGCAGGUUUUCUUCAGAAUUGUAUUCCUUUCUGUGACUAGGGUGGUGUGGGGGGAAAGGUGCAGGAUGCAGAGGUUCAGGGACAUCACACCACAACCAAUAUGAUCUAGUGAAGCCAAAUUUAUUAUCCCUAAAAAGACUGUAUUUAUAAUAAUUCUCUACUGUCCACACGUCUCUAGCUAAUACAUGAUUGGCCAGGUCUAGCUGUUCACACAUCUAAGGUAGGAUGCUGAUUGGAGCAUCUAACUUUUCACACGUCUGGCUGUGGUUUUCUGUCCCACCCAUGAACUGUCUUUUUUCCUCACUUUCCCAAGCUCACUGACAAACUUGCUGAGUCCAGUUGACUCUUCUUCUUGUAUCUUUUUCAAGGAUAUACCGACCCCAUUUUCUGAAUAUGUCCGUUAUUGUUUGUGAACAUGUCCAUUGUCCAUUAUCCCAAGCAGGCUGGAUUGUGCAUUGGCUGAAUAUGGCCAUUGUUCUUCAAACAUUCCUCAAUCUGCAACAAAUCCUCAACAGGGUGGAUUCUAUGAGCAGCCUAGGAUAACUUGCAUAGGAACCAGUACAGCUGCAAAAUCACUUACAUUUUAAGAUUUGUCCCUCCUAAAGGCAUGAGGGACAUUGGUCUUUGUGGGAAAGAAAAAGUGGGAGGGGUAUUAGUCUGGUUUUGGAUUGCUUUUCUCCAACCAGAUAUAUUGUGUGGCUUCAUAAAUACUACCACUAGUGCCAAGAGUAAGUCACUGGACAGAAGUGAACUGCUGGGGUGUGAUGAGAGCAAAUGCCAAGUUUAGUUCUCUUAGAAAUAUAAAAUAAGCUUUAUGUCGAAAGAAGUUGUUUAGUAAUUCUCUAAACAGCUUUUUCCUUGGUUUGAUAGAGAUCUGUGAUGUUAGUUAGGUUUAAGUAAUAUGUAUUACUGGUUACCCUAAAAUUAAAAGCUAGUGUUGUGGUUUUGGUAAUUGUGUUAGUACUUAACUUGGAGUUGAUCACCUGACACUACCAGUGUCUCUGAAGAACAACUGUGUCCAAAUUGAUGCUCUGGUACUCUUUGGAACAAACCUAAGAAGAUGCAAUAUGAUUCAUUGGUCUCAGGCUGCACCAUUUUCUUAGUGAUAGUACUUUCUUAAUCCCUAGUAUUAUUAUGUUGCUUACAGAAAUUACCAAACUACUUAGAUAAAUCCUUAAAAAAAUAAUUAAUUUUUUAAGGAUUUUUUUAACUUUUGCAUGCCAUUUAUUACCAAAAGUAUUAAUACAAGCUCUAACCUUCUGUUGUCAUCAUAUUUCAAAAGUCCCAUACCUUCUCAGUGAUUUUUCAUGGGCAGCUCCUCACAGCACUGACUCCUUCACAGCACAACCAAUAAGCUCCAUCUCUCUAUCUCUUCUCAGCACAGCUAACCCCAACUCUCUUCUCAAGGAGCUCACCCUCUCUUUUGUAGCACUCUUACUGGUCACAGCUGUGCCCCAUUAAGGGCAAGCCUGUUCCUAAUCUUAGGUGAUUAAUACAGCUGCAGUUCCUCAGGGGUGAGAUUACCUUCUGCACCAUUUUCUUACCUUCUAUCCCUCCACAAUUCCCCCUUUUAAUUGCAAAGUUGCAGCAUCUCUAGAAAGAUAUAGUUCAAGUAAAUUGAUAUAACAUUCACAUAUCUCAGUUAGGAGUUACAGUAUACAAAUGUUCAGGCAACAUGUCACAGCAAGAACAUACAUUUCUAAUUUCUGAUUUAGUUGUGCUUUUCACAAUCUAGAACAUCAACCUAAGGCUUUUCAUAAACUAACAUCGUGUUUACUGUCUUUUGCAGGGCCCUUUGCAAAAGAAAGUAAACCCAGUACAAACAUCUUUUGUGUAAUUUCUAUUUAACUUCGGAAUGUGUCUGUGCACUGACUUUGAUUCAUUACUCAAACUUACAUUACAUAUUAUCACAAAUUCUUAUACUUACAUUUCUAGACUAUUGACAAUAUCAAUAGCUGUACAACUUUAUAAGACAGCUCACAAAAAUAAGUUAAAGGCUAUAUAAGUUAAAGGUAGUAACAAAUCUAGUUACAUAAUUUUAUCAAUAGCCAUAGAACUUGAACAACAUUGAUCCAGUAUCUGUUAAAUGUCCUUAUGCUUAUAGAAUACAAACUUUCACUUAUGCCUAAACAAAGAUUAAUAGUUGCAAUUCACAAAGUGCACGUUUCAUCAGCAAACACAUACACCAUACUGAAUGAUAGAGCUACUCUGUCCCCAGCUUCAACUGCUGUUUUAAUAAUUCUCUUCUUCCUUUUACAGUUCUUUGUUGUAUUAGUUGGCCACUGCAAGCCUCUCUUGCCCUGCUCUGUUUUCCAUGUAGACGAACAAUCUCCUCUUCUCUUGAUAUGUUAUUUCUCAUUGUGUCCCCAGCGGCUCACCUGUACUCCAGGUGUUGAAAUGUGUUGGGUCUGGACCAGGCAGUAUCCCCUGCUGCUCUCAGUGCUACACUGGGCUCCUUCUCUGGCUGCCCCUCGCCCUACAGCCCUAUCCCGAAUCACAUCAGGUUACUCUGGAGAUGGCCACUAUACAAUUUUAGAAGGCUUCUCUUACAUGUUGUCUGUGAAGCUCUGACUUUGCCUUUCAGAGCUCCGUGUUACAGCUCGUGUCCUGCUGCGCACACUGCCAUUCUGGGGGAACCCGGCACCAUCCUGGGUCUCCUCCAGACUGCAGCCAUACCUUGGCAGAGGGGUGCAGGGCUGGCUCCAACAUACCAAAUAAGUGAAGUGUGUAGCAUCUACCCUUCAUAUCCAGCACUCUUCUUCUUGGGGGUGGUAUCUCAUACAUUGUCCAGACUUCAAGGCUCUGAGGCCUGCCUGGCUGCAACUCAUCUGGAUUUUUAGGCCCCCAGGCUCUUGGUCCACCUGCUCAGCUCCUAAGCUCCAACAUCUUAUUUCUCUUAGGCCUGUAGUCAUCUUCCUGAAUCACCUUGGGAUCCCAUUGCUUAGUAUUUAACUCCUUUUUCCCCAAACCACCACAGGAUUGGCUCCUUACUGCUCUCUCUACAGUUCUCUGCCCAAACCAGCAUGGGAUCACAUCAGAAUCACGGCAGGCUCACCAGUUGUUGUCAUCAUAUUUUAAAAGUCCCAUUCCUUCUCAGUGAUUUUUCAUGGGCAGCUCUUCACAGCACAACCAAUAAGCUCUAUCUCUUCUCAACUAGCUCACCCUCUCUUUUGUAGCACUCUUACUGCUCACAGCUGUGCCCCAUUAAGGGCAGGCCUGUUCCUAAUCUUGGGUGAUUAGUACAGCUGCAAUUCCUCAGGGGUGAGAUUACCUUCUGCACUAUUUUCUUACCUUCUAUCCCUCCACAACCUUUGAUCCAUUCAAGAAAACCAUCAGUUAAUUAAAAUGAUGGAUUGAAGGGGGGGGAAUCAGAAGCCCAGAAUUCCCUUUGUGUAAUCAAAUCAGAUUUAGUUUAAUUUGCUUGUAUUUAUUUAAAAGAACCUUCUGGAAUUUAUAAAUGAAUAGGGGGAAAAAAUCCAUAGGUUAAUCUUGUGGCCCUAGUGACAAAGACAGAAAGCAGAGAUAAGGGAUGCACUGAUAUUUCUGGGCUCUGUUUAUGUAGAGCUCUGGUAAACUUCAUUAGAUUAAUGAAAAAGAGAAGUCCACUCUAAGAAGUGUUCCAGGUGUAGCAGUCAUCAUCUUUUCAUAGCAAUCAUGUCCCAGGAUACUGGAUGGAAAUUCUGUUUUCUGUUCUAUUCUACAACCCACAGAAAAGCUUGUACCAAAGUGACAGACAGUGGCUUGUUGUAGUGUGUUUUUAUACUUUGCAAUACUUUGAAGUAGUUUUGUUUUUUCUAUCCCCGUAGUUUUUCCAAAUAGUUUACCUCAGACUGUACCCCUUCCUUUUACUUAUGGAAUUCCUCUCCCUUGCUGAGAUCAUCCCCAAAUCCCGACCCUGGCUCUCUGUCAAUCACCCAGCAUCCCAUCCCCUUCAUCUAGAACCUUUGGUCCAAGACAUGGAGCGAUUAGCCAGAGGCCAGGGGUCAGCCCCCAGAGACCUGUUUUAUACGCUGUCCUAAGUGUCUAUCCCUUAGUGCCCAUCCCUUUGGGUCAUUUAUUGGUUGGUAAAAUGUUAUCUACUUUUGGUUUCCUCCUCCCUUUAAGUGUAACCUUGGCACGUCUCCAGGGGCUCUCAGCAGGAGGCCCCCUGAGGUGCAGGAGCUCCCCAGAGCUCCCGAAUAAAACCUUGGAUUAACCCCUGCUAAGAGUCGGCCCCUUUCUUCCACCGAUGUCUCUGGUGUCUCUUCUGCUGCAAAGGUGACUGGCUGAGCUGCCCUCAGGGCAUGAGAAAGGUUCUCCCCACAGUCGGCCCGUGACUGCCGACUCGGGGCUGGCCAGGGGUUCCUGAGGUUUCCAGAGUAAUGGAGACAGUGGCUGAUGAGCAGCUGUUGGCACGCUAGGCCUGAAACCUACUGGUCGUGUUGGUCAGAUCUAAAUUUGAAGGCAAGACAGCAUUUAAAAAAAAUUUCAAAAGGGGAGGUGUGAACAGAAUCUCUUGGCAUUAAAAUCAAUGUGUUAGACCUGAGAGUUGUGUGUUUUUUGACUAGAACAGUUCUUGAAAUACAUCCAUUAAUAAUUUCCUAGUGAAGGCUUUCUGAAAAGUGUAUUUAAGAAAAAGGGAAACAUCUGUCCACUGUAGUUCUCACAUUGCAAAAAUAAAUAUAAAAUAUUUUACUUUAGAAAUCUAAUGAGCAAGGAUGAUGUGUGUCAUUUUUACUUCUGUAAAAAUACAGAAGUAUUUAAUCACUGUUUCUGUAAUGCAUGUGGGAUUGACAGUAAUGGAACCUAGUGUCCUAUAUUAGCUGUUUCAUUGUCUUCACACAGUGCUCUACUAGAAGCUGGAAAUACACUGAAUUGAUAACUGUUAAGGAAUGAAUUUUGUUAAAAGUAGGAGGUGAACUCAGACUUCUGGAAAACAAAUUUUAUAGAAUAGGGGCUUCAAAAUGUUCUUAGCUUUAGCUUCUGAGUUUUGUCACUCAAAAGCAAAACACAACUUGUCUGAGUUUUAAAAGUUAUGUAUGACCUUGUGUCAUUUCUGUUUUUCAUGAUAAUUUUAACAACAAUCAAUUGAAAGGACUAUACAAAGGAUUUAUUUUUGCAAUUGUGAUUACUAAAAUAGUAAUGUAACUUUAAUGAACAUUAAUGAGGGUAGCCCAAAUUAUGAUGUGUUUCUGAAUUUUUCUGACUUACAUGUAUAAUUUAAGAUUUGGUUUUACUUUUUAACGAAGUUUUUAAAUUAUUUUCACAAUAUGUUAAAUGAUUGGAGGCUUUUGAAGUAUUUACAAGGAAAAAAGCAAUCCCUAACGUAUUUAAUUUUAUCCUGUAUUAGUAUUUUCUUAGAGUUAAGAAAAGUGUAAGAGUAGAAAUGGGUGAAUGUGAGAAGUGAUCAAUGAUGCUCCCACCUGGAUUACCUGUAUUUUUUGUCCUGUUUUGUAGUCUUCAGUUAGAUAGGAAAUAUUUAUUUUAUGGAAACAUGCCUAUUUUUUUAUUAUGUUUGUACAACUGAUUUGUAGAAGAAACCUGCUGUGCAAAUUACCAUGGAAAUCACUUGACCAUUUUGUUUCUGUAAUUGUUCUUAAUGCAUUGGUUGGCACACAUUGCACAAAACGGUCAUUGUUUACAUUAAAUUAAUAUAAGUAGUUUUAACGAGACUCCUUUAACAUGUCUAACUGUAAAAUGAGUAGUGAAACAGAAUAAAGACAUUUCUUUAAUA